AUGACCAUCCAGCCAGACACAAAGCUUUCCAAGGAGUACACCAAAUUGCUGUCGAGACGUGAGGAACUAUCCAAGCAGGAAACGUCGCUCAAGCGCGAGUACACCACUCUGCUACGCAAGAUGGUCAGCCUCAUGACUGUGCUUCAGGAACUAGAAGACGUGGACGCACUGGCUGACCAAUCUUUUUCCCCAGUGCUGCUCUCCAAAAUACCCGAGCUCGAGGAGUACCAGCACAUGCUGCUCCAGCUUGAUGGCAUGGACUCAGAACGCAUUGAGAUCCCCGAUAACCUUGCGGAAUCGUAUAGCCUAUAUAGAAAUUCUUCAAUGCUAUAUAAGGAUGCCUAA